AACAGCAGCGAGUAAGUCCUGCUACGCAAAAACCUCGUUCGCGAGCCGAAGUUUCGUAUUUUUAGGGAGAAUGUCGUGAAUUAUGACAUUUGUGAUAAUGUAAAGAUAUUCAUACGUACUCGAGGAUGCUGCUGACACCUGCAUUGAAGAAUUAAUGCGUUAAAAUGACAAUCAGGAUGUCAAGAGAUCAAGAUAGUAAUAGGAGUUUAUAGCAGCCCUGUGAGCAGCAGCUUUAGCCAACGAAAAAAUUGAAGACAAAAUGACACUUGAAGACAGUGUGAAAGUGAAUUACACUGUAGAGUAAUAUUUACACUUUCCUUAGUUUCAGUACUGGAUUAUUCAAAUACUAUGGUUACAUACUAAAAUCUACCUGUUAUGAAUAGCAUGGAAGUAUCAUCCUUCCAAAACUGUUAUAUGACUGUGGAAAAUUCUGCUUCCCAUCUACGACUGGACUGUAGAAGACGAAAGAUCUAAGGAUGGGUAAGGGCAACCCAGGUGAGAUGAGGGGCCAAGGGGAAGAGGCAGACUUGCACUCCUGCCCCCACUGUGACAGGAAGUUCAAAAGGACGGUGAACUUUAAGACUCACCUCAAAACCCACGAGCCGAAGAAGUUCACGUGCAUGUGGUGUGAGCGUGAAUUUUUGCAGGAGCGCACCUUGGUUGGUCAUAUUUGCUCUCCAGUUAGGAAGCGCUUUAGGUGUAGGAUAUGUGGCGAAAACUUCCACACCCGACAGAAAUUACAAAUGCACAUUCGGCACAAAAGAAUGCAGGGUGAAAGUUGUUUGCCCAAACAAGAAGAGGAUGAGAGUGACAAAGAGGGUGUCUCACCUGAAGCUUUAGGUGAUGAAAAACCUGACCCUGUCUCACAAGCAACUACUAUACUUGAUGAAAAACCCAGUCAUAUCUCACAAGAAGCAUUAAGUGACAGUGAAGAAAAAGACUGCAGUGAUGAAGUCAGCAUACAAGAAAACAAACCAAGUGAAAGUAACAAAUGUGACAAAGAUGAUUGUCUUAUUGCCAUAAAGAGAGUCAAUUCUAGAGCUGUUGUGGUGCCAAAUAUAGCAAGUAAAUCAUUGCUUCUAACAAGUGAAUUUAUCCAACAGAAAAAGCCUGAUUUGCCAAUAGGGUGUUCAAUUGCAGAAUUUUGUGGGAAAAGGUCUUUUAUAGAGCAUGAGACAGGUAGUUCACCCAAGUUUGCAAAAAUUAAGCACAAGGCAGAGAAGUCUCUAGACAUGCAAAAUUCAAUAAGGUCCAUGCAAACUAGUAAGAAGGAUAUAUAUAUGCGGGGCAGCAAUAGGAUUAGUGUUAUUAGAAUGCAAAAUGGCAAAGAAAUAUCCAGGGAAAAUUUGCAUGAUUCCGAGCUUGUGUCCCUUAGAAGAGAAAGGAAAGUGAAUGGUGAAGAUUGUGUUCAAGUGUACAGAAAACAAUGCAACAGUGAUAUAGGCCUCAUUGCUCAAGAACGGACAUUUCACCAAGGAAACAAACUUGGAGGUAAUGACUUCAAGGAGAAAGUUAAAGCUAAUAAAAGCAACUUGAAAAAAGAGUACAUACCCAACCAGUUAACAAGAACACAUGUACAUUUGCCUGAAAAAACUACUUGUAUGUCAAAAGUAGGGGAUCUAAAAACGAAUAGAAAGAUGUUGUAUGGUGGAAGAGUUGAUGGCAUUAACAACUCAGGAAUCAAGAAUGCAUUAGCUUGUGAAUCCAGAAAGAAUUUAUCAUCAGUUUUUCUUCACAAUGUGAACCUCCCUUCAUUACAGUCUAAAAAUAGAUUUAGAUGUAUUCCUUGUAAAAUCACAUUCAAGUCUUUGACCUCAUUCCAAAAGCAUAGGGCAUAUCAUUUAAGUAUGGUACAGCAGUCCUCUAGUGUAGAUAAUAAUACUGCAGAUGUAGGGAGCAUGCAACAGCAAUCUGAUGAUGUGAAAAUUACUAUAAUAGACAAGGGGAAAAAUAUACCAUUGUCUUGGAAUAAAACUCAGCCCACAAAAGUAAAGGUAAAUGUUGUCACGCAGGCUGGGAGAAAAUCUCUUGCUUGUUCUAAAUGUGGACAGAAGGUAAAGCUACAGCAUGAAGUUCAAGAUUAUGUUGGGUCUCCCCAAGAACAGUCAAAUGCUGGAGAGAUGGUGUAUAUUUCAAGAUUCCCCAGACCUUCUGCUGUUUUGAGUGGGAAGGAAAAAUUCCAGUGUUCUUGCAACCAGAAUUUGGCUAGAGUUGUAGGUGAAGAUAAAAGCAGUGAUAGUAAAAAUAAUGAUGAUGUUUAUGUGAAGGAAGAAAUGACAGAUGAUAACAUAUUUAGGGAAGAGCCAGAAAGACCAUUUUUGUCAAGUAGGAAAUCAGAAUUGCAGUGUUCUAGUUUUGGUAAUUCUGAUAAAAAUAAAAGAGUACUUGAAGGUAAUAUUAACAGUGCAGUGGAUGUCUCAGGCUUUUUCGAGGCUAGGGUGAAGAAAGAACCAUCAGAGGACGACAUUUCAAUCAAAGAAGACGAGGUUCACGUGAAGAAAGAACAAUCGGAGUACGACAUUUUACUAAGAAAAGAGAUGGAGAGUUAUGAACUCACUGGAUUUGAUAUUUUAGAUUUAAGAGUAAGGAAUCCAGAAGCCUUUGCUAAUAUAAAGUACGAACUAAAUGAGGAGGACAUUGAUAUUGUAAUCAAGGAAGAACAGGAUGAUACCAAUUCAGUGUGUUAAUUGGUACAUUUUUUAAAAGCCUAAUUUUUGUUUUAGUUGUUUUAGGGUCUGAUCAGAAGUAAUAUGUUAUUUAUGGAAAAGAAUUCUUAAAGACUUUCUGGAGGUAUACUGUAAUUUGUAUAUUUUUUUUUAUUCAGAAGUUUAGGCUUUGUUUCAGUACAGUUUUAUUUAGAAAAUGCUUUUAAGCGACUGAUUAGGACUUUUCUUUGUAUACUUUAUUUGAAGAACAUUCUUAUCAAUCAUUUUUAGAUAUAUUGAUUUUUAUUGACACAUUUUAUAGUAGAUAUGUAUUUAUUCCUUUACUCUUUGUAACUGUUAUAUAUUAAAUGAGAGCCAAUA